AUGAUGGCAAAGAGGAUCCUCAGCCACAGGAGUGCCCGUGAUUCUGGUUUGGAUGACGACAAAGAUGACCCCUCGGAGAACGACAAGCGUGCUCUGCGGUCCACGCCCAAUCCGCGUGAUACUUUCCUCGGGUUGCCCAAAAGCUUCUUUGAACUUCGCGACCAGCAGCGGCGGCAACAGCAGCAGCAGCAGAAGGAGCAGCAACAACGGAAAUUCGAAGAAUAUGAAAAGUCGCUCGAGCUACUGGGCUACGAUAAUGCGGCCUUGACGUCGGCCACCAUGGCCAAAGCUCGCUCAUCGUUCAGUGCACUACUGACGGACGCCGGCCGCCAGUUCACCACCCCCAACGCGCCUUCUGUUCCCUCGUCCUCCUCACUUCCCCGCACGCGCCACAUCCGUCAGCUUGAGCGCCCGAGGAGGGAUGAUCAUGAAUUUUUAGCCCGCGAACAAAAGCUCUUCGGCAGUGACAUGCAUUUUUGGCCCGCACGAAGCACUGAUGCCACACCGGAAGGCAGAGCCAGUAGCGCGGCCAGCAGAGCAGGUGCGCUGCGGAACGAGGAUGGAGAGGAAGUGGGCCAUGCCCGAGCUCGGCGGCACGCGAUCCACGCUGUCCAGCAGCACGUGGAAGGAGGAGGAGGAGGUCAAACCCGGCAGCAAGCGGGGGCCAGCCAAGCUCAACAACAAACGACAGCAGCUUAUUCUCAGCAACGGGUGAACCAGGUUCAGCAUUCACAAAAUCACACCUCGUCUCCUGCAGAGGGUGGUCGCGAUGGAGAGGUGAAAGACGUGGUCGGCCCACGUGUCUCGAGCGGCAAAGAAGAGGAGGAGGAUCAUUAG